AUGAUUAUGGACUACCUAACAGAAAGGCAAGAACGUGGUCAGAUAUAUGAAUUUCCUUAUUCUGGUCACACCACACAUUCAACAUCAUUUUUAAGUUACAAUACCAAUGGAAUACCAUCAAAUAACUACUCGCCACUAGAUAAUUUCCUUCAUCAUCCACAACCAAAUUUCAAUACAUCAAUCACGUCACAAAUGCCUUCUAUGUUGGGAAGCAAUACUCUUGUCUUUCAAGUACCAGAUUAUGUACCACUUGACACAAUCUUAAAACAGCUUGGUGUAGAUAUACACUCAAUGCAUCGAUCUCCAUCUGGUUAUAAUUAUCAUAACAAUCCAUCGUCAUCACUCGAGUUGAGUCUUCCUCCACGAGCUUCUCGUCAUCGAUCAUUAAUAUGCCGUGAAUUCUCAGAUUCUGAGAGUGACAAUCGUCAAGGAUAUUUAUCUGAUAAUCAACGACGAAUGUCAGGUCGCCGUCGACGACUAAUCUGUCGCGAAAUUUCAGAUUCCGAGAGUGACAAUGAUCAAGGACGUUCAUCAUAUCGACGUCGGGGACGGCAUGGUUCUAAUUCUGCAUGGAAUAGAAAAAAACAACGUCCUCCUGGUAUUCACAAUUUAUUAGGUAAUGUCUGGAAACAAGCAAGAAAUCCUACAAAAAACGGGCCUCAAUCAAAUUCAAAUUCUACUUUAAAUCCACAAUGGCGAGACAUGGUGAAACCUGCUACUCCGCCUCAACAACCUACUGGUGCUAACAAUGCUUGGCAAGCAAUGCUAAACAAUGCUACUCCACCUCAACAACAACCUACUGGUGUUAAUAACGUUUGGCAAGCAAUGCAAAACAAUGCUACUCCACCUCAACAACAACCUACUGGUGUUAAUAACGUUUGGCAAGCAAUGCAAAACAAUGCUGCUCCACCUCAACAACCUACUGGUGUUAAUAACGUUUGGCAAGCAAUGCAAAAUCCAUCUGCUCCAAUUUCACCACAGCAAGGAAAUCCUGGUGUAAAUAAUGUUUGGAACAAAACAAAAACUGCACCAGAUGAAAACACUGGAUUCUUAGCUCGAUUUCGUAGGAAGCCUUCGACUACUAGUACCGUUUUUCAACCACCGCCAUUUCAACAGAACCAGGCAGCUAUGAAUAAUUUUCCAGCUGCAGAUAAUCUACAAGCUGGAGCCAAUCAACGGAAUCCUGCUUUAGCAAAUAUGCAAAGUAAUGUUAAUAAUUUUCAGCAGCAAGGUCCUCCGCUAACUUCGAUACCACCUCCUACGAUGAAUCCUGCUUGGAAUAUGAUGUCUAGAGGAUAA